AUGAGUCCCACGAUGGCGAGGAAUGUGCCGGCGUUUUUGAACAAGCUUUAUAACAUGGUCAUGGACCCAACGACGGACUCGAUGAUUCACUGGGGACCCGAUGGGUCGACUUUCAUAGUUGAACGGCACGAAGAAUUUGCGCACGACGUCCUUCCUCGCUUCUUCAAACACAACAAUUUUGCGAGUUUCGUUCGCCAACUCAACAUGUAUGGGUUCCACAAAAUCCCUCAUCUACAACAAGGCGUCCUGCACGCGGACGGCGAAGAAACCUGGGAAUUCUCCAACCCGCAUUUCCAACGCGGCCAGCCGGAUCUCCUAUGCCUCGUAUCGCGCAAAAAGGGGCGGGAAGGAACAGAAGAUAAGGAAGGCGUCAUGGACAUGAACUACAUCAUUCAGGAGAUCGCGGCCAUCAAACGGCAUCAAUUGACGAUCAGCGCGGAUCUGAGUAAGAUACAGAGAGAGAACCAGAUCCUGUGGAGCGAGUCGACGACUGUGAGGGAGAGGUACCAGAGGCAGCAGGAAACGAUAGAGAAGAUUCUGAGGUUCUUGGCGUCGGUGUUUUCGCCGAAGAAGAGGCCUCUGCCGAACAAGAAACGGAGAUUGUUGUUGGAGGGAAUUCCGGAACAGCCGUCGUUGAAUUUGGACGCGACAGGUGCGUCUGUUUUGGUCGUGUCCGAGCAGUUGGCAGGAUCACAGACUCAAUGA